AUGGACAUCGAGCAACGAAUCAAAGCCUAUCGCUUCGUUGCCUAUGCAGCCGUCACAUUUUCAGUAGUUGCCGUUCUCUCCGUCUGUCUCACUCUGCCGAUGGUCUACAACUACAUAACCCAUGUAAAACGUCAGAUUAAUACCGACAUCACGUUCUGUCAAAGGACUGCCAAAGACCUUUGGUCUGAGACAGCAUGCGAGCCCCUCACUCCACCACCCUGCAAACCAUGCCCAGCUGGGCCUGCUGGACCACCUGGUCCUCAGGGACCUCCUGGAGAUCCAGGAACCGAUGGUCAACCUGGUCGACCUGGUAACAGUGCAACUCCUGGUCCACCUGGUCCUAAGGGACCUCCAGGACCCGACGGUAAUCCAGGUGCACCGGGAGCUCCUGGAGAUCCCGGAAAUGACGCUGCUGUUGAGCCAGUCCUUCCUGGAGAGCCUGGACCUGCUGGUCAGCCUGGCCCGCCAGGAGCUCCUGGACCAAAUGGCCAGCCUGGAGCUGAUGGACAACCAGGAGACAUUGGACCUAAAGGGCCUCCUGGAGCCAACGGACAACCAGGAGCUGAUGGGAAUCCUGGACCUCCAGGUGAUCAGGGACCACCUGGAAAUGGUGGCGAAAGAGGAAUCUGCCCGAAGUACUGUGCUAUCGAUGGAGGAGUCUUCUUUGAGGACGGCAGUCGCCGUUAA